CUUCACCUUGCCUCUUUUUCAUCAUGAUUUCUAUCAAACCUCCUCUAUCACCACCUAACAUGAAUGACCUCGACUCCAGAUCUGUUCCAGUCACUAGCCCCAUACUUCGUCCAUGACCUUUGACCGCCUGAGACGAAGCAUCUGUCUCCUGUCCCUGCACAACCUUCUGCCGCUGGAGACCAAAGAGCAAGCAUCUUUCGUCCCAUGACCUUUGACCUCUGGCUAUUUGAGGUUAAGAAAGAGCCUAACGACAUUAUAUAUAAGGCUAGGCUUGUAGCUAAGGGAUUUACUUAAAAGGAAAAUGUUGAUUAUGCUGAAAUCUUUGCUCAUGUAGUUAAAGUUACUACGAUUAGAAAGAUGCUUGCUCUUGUUGCUCAUAAUGAUUGCGAAAUGAAGCAAAUAUAUGUUACCACUGCUUUCUUGCAUGGUGAUUUAGAUAAGAAAACCUAUAUGUCCCAGCCUGAAUGUUUUGUGGAUCCCAUGAAGAGCGGUCAUGUGUGUGAAACAAAUUUUAAGUAUUUACUUAAAAUUGAUCGCAAAUAAUAUUAUAUGAGAAUAUUGGGUACAAUCUCUAAAUAUGAAUCCUCUGAUUCUUCACUUGCAAUUUGAAGUAAUAUAAUUAAAGAAUUUAAUUCAAAAUUAAAUCUCUAAUCCUUCAAAUAUUCGAACGUUCUUCGAAUCUUUGAAUCUUCGUUCUUGAGAUCUUCGAAUCUUCGAAUCUUCGUUCUUGAGAUCUUCGAAUCUUCGUUCUUCGGAUCUUCAAAUCUUCUUGAAUAAAGAAUUCAGAUUGAAGGGCCUCCGGUUUUCAAGUGGCUUGAUCUUCAACAAAAGGGCCGUUUUAUGGCUUAAUCUUCUGUUUAAGGGCCUCCCGGGAUAUAUGGCUUGAUCUUCAAUUGAAUUUUGAUUCAAUCUUCAUAUGAAUAUCUUCAAAUCUUCAAAGAUUCGUUCUUCAUAUCUUCGAAUCUUCAAAGCUUCGUUCUUCAGAUCUUCAAAUCUUCAAGCUUCGUUCUUCAGAUCUUCGAACGUUCUUCAACUUUUGGACUUAUUUUAUCAAGAAUAGAUGAAAUCACAAAGGAUUAUUCAUAUAUUCUUGAGAAAAAUCGUGGCUUGAUCUCUUCCUCUUCUUCGGAAUUGUUCAGAGCCUCUCGGGAGUUCUUCAGAGCUUUGCUACAGCGUUUCUUCGUCUGGAAGUUCUCCUCCUUUUCUCUCAACUGAGACCCCUAUUUAUAGGUGUGGAGGGAGUGAAAAUAUGGCUUAGGGUUGCUGAAAUUCGUCCAUACCCCAUGGGCCUCAAUUAAAAUGGGCUUCGGGCUUUAUUUCCUUGCAUUUUAAUAGCUAGAAAAAUCAGCAUUUAUGCAAUGUAUCUGGACAGCCUUUUUAACAAGAUUCGUAGCCAUUUCUCAUGCAUUUGGAUAGAUUUCUUGACUGGAUUCAUUGCUCUCUUCAUUAAUUGGAUCAUGGCUCUUACAUAUUGACCCAAUAUUUGAUAGCGGGCUUAAAAUUAGUAGGACUUGUCCAUUCUCUUAAAGAUUUAAUUUAUAAUUAAAUUAAUUGGAUAUUUUAAAUGAUCCAGAUUAAUUUAAUCAUUUAAAAUUUAUUAGAAUGGACUCAUACUAAUAUUGUUAAUAAGGCCCAACAACCAUCACGAGCAGCUCCAUAGAAUCUGACGAUGACCCACUAUCACUUCAAUAUCGUCAAGAAUAGCUCGGUAGCAUUUGCAAUGAGCUCAAAAAUAAUUAUAAUUGGCCUAACAUUUUUUAAUGUCCACAAAUUGCCCCCUCGAGACUUGCUUCGAUGUACGGAAACAUAAGAAAGAGCGAGUCUCGAAAGAAAUAUAGAGGUAUGUUUGCCGAAUUGACUUUUCAAAUCCAAAUGACAUACUUAGCCCAUGAUACGAUGAUGGGGCUUGGUAGAUAUCCCAAAGCAAUUAGAGCACCUCGAGCUAAAUAUUGUAAACAAUCGGCGUAACAUGGAAUCCCAAUGGGUAAUUAUCAUCGUACAAGGCCAGGACUCUAAUCAGUCCUAUUAGGACUUUCUUUCUUCUAUUUUUACGAUCCGAACUUGUCGUAUUACUCUGUAUAAAUAUAGACCCAGCCUAUUCUCUUUCGCACCUUCGAUCUUAUUCCCAGCAGUUUGCAAAAAAUUAUCAAAGUUCCUGACGGCAUAAAGUUAAAGCACUAGGAAGCAAUAGGUAAAUUCCCUUUUCCCUUUUUUUCUUUAUGAAGUUGUCUUCUUUUUAUCGUAUUGCAGGGAUAUGAAGAUUUCACAAAAAAAAUUUGCUGGUAACCUUAACAAAACCACCCCUGCUGAAAGUAGCGCCGGUUGCUUAGAGAGAGAUGAUUUUUUCACGCUGAUUUCCGGCGAGGAGAGAUCCAAUUCGUAGGAUGCUGAGCUUGGGGUUGAACUCCGAUGGUGAGCAGCAGACCGAUGGUAUGCUUGGACACUGAACUCGCUGAUUUCUUCUGUUUGUUGCCGGACCAGUAUAUCAAGCAGGUUGGCCGCCGUCCUUGUUCCUGUUCAUCUUUGGACCAGUAUUAGCAGCGAGAUUACUCCGGAGCUGUAGCCGUAUGCCUUUGUUCUGGCCACUGGUGCAAAUUGGAAGAACAGAUUUUGAUUUCAGGAAGGAUUUUUAUUUCUUUCUUUUGCUGAGUUCGCGGCUGUGCCUGAAGACAUGAUGGGGCGGGCGAGAGAUGAUUCCUAUCGAGAAGAGGACUGCGGCCAGAAUCUUCCAAAGUUGUGGCGACCUGCUUUUGUUCUGACCGCCGAUGUAGAGAAGAAGAUGAAGCCAGUGCUUGAGAUAAAGCUGGGUCGCUGAUCGAGUUCCGAGUUUUGAGGAUGGACAGAGUAGAAUCACUUCAAAGUUGCUGCUGUUGGUCUUUCCAAUUUCUUCUGCCAUCUGGACGUUCGUCGGAGGUUGAAGUGGAUAUUGAUUUCCGAAAAGGAUGCUUGGCAGAUUUCUGGUUUUUUUCUUGUUGACCAUAAUUUUGUUAGUGAUGCGGACAAGAGAUGAUGGUGCUAAGCUUGAUCGAUUGCUAGUCAUUGGUGCCGCUUAGCCCUUUGUUGGGAUGGUGCCGAUUUGAAGAAUUGGGCUGAUUCCCGAUUGUUGGUGCUGCUUAGCCCUUUGUUGGGAUGGCACCAACUUAAGGAAUUAAGUCGAUUGUCGGUGCUGCUUAGCCCUUUGUCGGGAUGGCACCGAUUUGAAGAAUUAGGUCGAUUCCCGAUUAUCGGUGCUGCUUAGCCCUUUGUUGGGAUGGCAUCGAUUUAAGGAAUUAGGCCGAUUGCCGAUUGUCGGUGCUGCUUAGCCCUUUGUUGGGAUGAUGCCGAUUUGAAGAAUUAGGCCGAUUCCCGAUUGUCGGUGCUGCUUAGCCCUUUGUUGGGAUAGCACCGAUUUAAGGAAUUAGGCCGGUUGCCGGUGCUGCUUAGCCCUUUGUUGGGAUGGCGCCGAUUUGAAGAAUUAGGCCGAUUCCCGAUUGUCGGUGCUGCUUAGCCCUUUGUUGGGAUAGCACCGAUUUAAGGAAUUAGGCCGGUUGCCGGUGCUGCUUAGCCCUUUGUUGGGAUGGCGCCGAUUUGAAGAAUUAGGCCGAUUCCCGAUUGUCGGUGCUGCUUAGCCCUUUGUUGGGAUGGCAUCGAUUUAAGGAAUUAGGCCGAUUCCUGAUUGUUGGUGCCGCUUAACCCUUUGUUGGGAUGACGCCGAUUUGAAGAAUCAAGCCGAUUUCCGAUUGUCGGUGCUGCUUAGCCCUUUGUUGGGAUGGCACCGAUUUGAAGAAUUAGGCUGAUUGCCGAUCGCCGGUGCUGCUUAGCCCUUUGUUGGGAUGGCACCGGUUUGAAGAAUUAAGCCGAUUUCUAACCGUCAAUGCUGCUUAAAUGUCGCCGCCACUUUCGACCUUAGUUCAUUUUGAGGGAGCUUGACAAAUUAUUGACCGGUGUUACCGAUUUCUUCGUUCGUCUGGUCUGAAUGUGACGUCCGCUGUCUAGGCCUGAGACAAAUUAUUACCACCGAGCUGCCUCUUUUAUUAUCAUUAUUAUCAUUAUUAUUAUUACCUUAGUUUUUUUUUUUAAGUGAUAAUAAUAAUACUAAUAAUAAUAAUAAUAAUGACACUUUUUUUUUUUGCAGUCCAAAAUGGUAUACUUUAGAGACGUAAUGCGUGGAGGCAAAAAGUAUCUCUCUGUAUCAAAGAAGAAGAAUGGCGAAGAAAUCCUUCUGGAGAUUUUUAGGCCAUUUGCUCGCGAGUUUUGGGGUGCGACUGUUGUGUCUUACCGGGUUGCAGACUGGACUCCUGAGUGCGAAUAUCAAGAUCAAACAAUGCGGACUUUAGUGUCUGGUUUCCUUCAUAAGCCAUCUUCCGAGAUUCUCCCUUCUUUGGGUAGACGAAUCCUUGAUGCAAAUGCCCCUUUAAUAAAGACCUUAUUAUUUGGUGGCGAAUUUAGGUUCAUCACAGGCUACUGGGAAUGGGCCGAGGACAUUUUAAGCUUGAGUAAAAGUGUUUUGGAGAAUGGGCUUAUAUAUGAUGUUGUUUAUGCUUCCUUGUUCACAUAUGAUCGGUGUACGAAUGCUAUGCAAGCCUUUUGUGAAGCGUGGUGCCCUAUGGUGAAUACAUUACUUACGUCGAUCGGAGAACUGACGAUCACACUUUGGGACUUACAUGUUAUUGGGGGAUUACCAAUCAUUGGAGAUGCAUAUGAUGAGUCUAUUCCGAGCACCUUUGAUUUGUUGAAUGCAGAUGCUGACCGCCCUUCUCAACUUUGCAAAUACUUAUUUGAUGCAUAUCAUCAUCUUUUUCCAACGGUGGGAGACAAACGUGCUCUGCGUGUCCAUAUGUGGGUCAAAUUUUGGUUUAAGAAGGCUUCUAAGUACGUUAUGCCUCCGCAGAGAACAGAAAAGAAGAGAUCAUCCCGUGCUAAGGCAACCUAUAAUCCUAGCGGAGCAAUUCCAAAGUUUAGCGGGUGGUCGAAUUCUAUGAAGGUACCGUUCCAUGCACUCAAGGUUCCUGCUGAAUAUGAAGAAGAGAUAUACUUAACGGCAUUCCUAUCAUGUUGGCUUUGUUCCUUUGUAUUGCCCCAUGAAGGUCCAAGGGUUAUUCGCCCAGAAACUUUUAAAGUUGCGGGAGGAAAAUAUGUCUUGUUGUUCCAGUUCUUGCCAGUAUUUAUCAUGGACUUAAUCAAAUUUCAAAUGCCCCAUUCCCUGACAAAGUUAGAACGUGUUUUCCUGUUCAUUAUGUCUACGGAUGGUUGGCCACAUACUUUGACACUCAUUUCAAGAAUGAUAUUCAGUCCGCGACCCCAUUGAUGAUCUCUUACUCAGGGGAAGGUGGAGCAAGGUCCCUUGAGAAAACGAGGGCGCGUAGGAGGAUUUUCCAGGGAGAUGUAUCUGCGUGGAUAUGUUCUACACAUCGAAGGAUCAAGGACCAUGCUUUCUUUGAUGACGAGAAUUCUUCCGAGACUGACUUAGCAUUCUUCAGAUGUCUUCGUUCUAAUUUUCUCGUAUUACGCUACCAAGACCGUUGCAUUGCUGAGCUUUACACUCCUCAUCGCUUUAGUCGACAGUUUGGGUACUUCCAAGCUUAUGCACCUGGUUGGCCUGAGAGGCGUGAUCGUCGUGUUUCUCUUUCUUCUGGAUUUCAGCUUUGGCAACAGUUUGCGCAUGGUAUGUCACGGGCUAAAGCGGUGUUUCCGACCCCUCCAACUAUCCCAGCGAAAUUUUAUUCCUUGCAGUAUAAAGAAUGGUGGGGUCAAGUCCAUGGAAGUUUUCUGGAAAAUCAUGUGAGUGACUUGAUCAGGAUUUACGAUCUUGCUAUUGGCGAUGUGGUUACCCCUUCGGAUCCCGUGACUCCAGUCUCCAAGAAAAAGAAAAAAGUACCCGAUACUGAAGCUAAGUCCUCGCCUCAGAAAAAGGCCAAGCUUGCAGCACCUAGGGCUGAGGUUUUGAUCAAGGAUGUUGAGAAAGAAACACCUCUUGCCAAGGCAAGUGAGAAUCAAGUUCUUGAGAAGCAAAGUAAUGAAGAUAGGAAUUGGAAGCAUCUUCAGAGAAAACCUCAUCCUGGGCCACUGAGGAUUCAUCCAAUCCUUGAUGACGCUAGUUCUUCAAAUCAUGUUUCUUCAUCUAGCUCAAGUGAAGGAGAAACUGACGAUCAUGACACCGUUGCGGGGUUGAUGGCAGAAAUUGCCCCAAGUAAUUGCAAAGAAGUUCCAACCAACGAGAUACCAAAGUCCCCUCAUGUGAAACCGGCUGUAUCCGUUUUUCAAGCAGAGAACUACUUCUUUCCUUUGUAUAAGCGGUUCCUCAUUGACACUUGGUGUGGUAUUCAGGAGAAGUUAGGAAAGGCUACAACAGAGAACGUCUCUUCUUUUCGGGAAAGUGUGGAGAGUUGUGUUAUCUUGAUGGAGAAGGAAGGCAUUGACCUUUCCAUGUUGAAGACAAGGGUGAAGCAUUUCUUUGAAAGGGCGCAAGCAUUUGAUCAGAAGUGUUCUGCUAUUGCUGAUAGGGUCCCCACGGAGAGGCAAUCUCGGGAAUUAGAUAUGUUGCAAGCUUUUUGUGCAGAUAUUGAAGCUAAGAGAUCUCAAAAUCAGGUCGCAUUACUUGAUGACGAGAAAUCUCUUAAUGAAAUCAAAAAGAAGAUAGCCUUAUUGGAAGCUGAAGCUAAGGAAGUAGAAGCUUUGAUUUUACAGCAUCAUGCAGAAGCUAGCGACUUAGAUGCAGCUCUUACAAAAGCCAAGGAGGAAUCUUCACAGAUUUUGAAGACUAUCAAAGCAUCAGACGAAGAUCAGCUUUCUUUAAGUACCCAGAAGAAGGAGCUAGAGGCUUUGAAGGAUGACUUAGUCAGCUUUAAAUUGUUUUUAGGCUGAGUUUGUUUUUACUUGUUUAUAGAUUAGCUUUUUAGUCAGCUAGCACUUUCCUUCUUUUCUUUCCAUCAAACUAUAUAUGGAUAUAUAUUUGAUUGCUUUCUUGCUCCUCAUGAGUUGAUAUCG